AUGAUAAGGAUCAAACUGAAACGCAAGUUGACCUACAAAGGGCAUUAUGAGUACAAGUAUGUACACACUGAUCGUGUUAGAAAUGCUCUGAAAUAUUUAAUCCGGUUCAAUAAGUGGUUCAGUGAUGUGGAGAUUAAUCGGCAGUGGAUCAACUCUUUGAAUGAACCCGAAGAAAAUGUUGUAGAUGAAAUGGAGCAACAAGACGUAGUUGAAAAGAUUGAUGACGAAAAUGACCUUGAUGAACAGCAAGAGGAAGACCUUACCUACAUCAAAGAGCAAAGUGGUCUUUUGUCAGAUACGUCAUUGCAACCUGUGGACAUCGGUUCAGAAGUAAUUGAUCAGCAUUUCCAGGAUGUAUUAAAUCUGGCACCUGCUGAAGGUAACAGUCCUGUUAGUUUGUUAUCUGAUAGGUCUAACGAAGCAAAAUGUUUCCCUGUUCUGUAUCCAACCGGUGGUCCGACAUUUCAUGAUAAGAGGGAGGUAAAAAUAACAUUGUCGAGAUACUUGAAUGCAAGAAUCCUCAAUGCAGAUGGACGUUUUGCACGAAGCACAGACUUCAUUUUCUAUGCGCAGUAUCUGUCGGAGAUUGAUCAAGUUGUAUCCAAUGUUUCAAUCGCUUUGCGCAAAGGAUCUGAGAAGAGUUUGUUGACUGAAGUGACAUCAGAUGUGCUAACAAACCCAGACUCGUUAUCUAAAAUCUUGAAUUUUGAUGAAGGAUACAAGUUUUUGAGACCAAUCCGUGGAACACCUCCAUAUUGGCAGUCUACUCAAAAGGACCUUUUUGCACUUGUAAGACAGCUAGGUAUUCCAACUUUCUUUGCAUCCUUUAGUUCUGCGGAUCUCAGAUGGCCAGAAAUGAUUAGUACCAUAAUCAAACAAGAAGGGAAAAAUCUGAAAGCAGAUGAACUUGACUGGUCUGAAAAAUGUGGAUUGAUUAGACGAAACCCAGUGACUGCUGCAAGAAUGUUUGAUCAUAGAUGGCAUUGUUUUCUGAGAGAUGUAAUCAUGUCUUCAGCUCAACCGAUCGGUAAGAUAGUAGAUUACUUUUAUCGGGUAGAGUUUCAACAGCGUGGAUCUCCUCAUGUUCACUGUCUGUUUUGGGUUGAAAAUGCCCCAACGUUAAAAGAAGACAAUGAAGAAAACGAUGGUUUGGUUGCUAGUUUCAUUGAUCGUUACAUCACUUGUGAGACCCCAAGCGAGGAUGAAACUGAACUGUUUGAGACUGUCAACGGUGUUCAGAAGCACAGUGUCAGACAUUCAAAGACGUGUCGUAAGAAAAAGACAGUUUGCAGAUUUAAUUUUCCACGACCCCCAUCAAGCCGUACCUUUAUUACAAGAGGUGGUAGUCGAGACGAUUUGAAAAGCUGUGAUGGAAAAGAUACUGCACGUACAGUUUUAGAAAGAGUGAAAAAGGCUUUAACAGCUUCUGAUAUGGAUUAUGACUCUACUGAUGCAUUUUUUGAGUCCAUUGGUAUUAACCAAGCUCUCUUUGAGAAGGUGUAUGCGCAGUGUUCCAAAAAGAAAUCCGUUGUCCUUAAAAGAAGUCCGAAAGACGUCUGGGUGAACCAGUAUAAUAAACAUUUACUGCGUGCCUGGCAAGGCAACAUGGAUAUCCAGUACGUCACUGAUGCUUACUCCGUAGUGGUUUACAUUAUCAGUUACAUCACAAAAGCAGAACAAGAAAUGGGAUUGUUGCUGCAACGUGCGCAAAAUGAAGCCAUGAAUGGAAACCUUGAAGUGAGAUCAUCACUGAAGAUGCUUGGUAGUGUAUAUCUUCACAACAGAGAAGUUUCUGCUCAAGAGGCUGUGUAUCGUCUGACCGGUAUGCACUUGAAGGAAUGUUCUCGUAAAGUCCAGUUUAUUCCAAUUGGAUUGAAUCCUGUAAAGAUGAGUUUGCCUCUUCGUGUCAUCAAAAACAAAGUUGAUCAGUCUGGUGAAGAAGCUAGCUUUUGGAUGACUAGUCUGGUUGACCGAUACAAGAAUAGGCCAAACACGGAAGAGUUUGAGACCCAAUGUCUUGCAAGUUUUUGCUCUGAAAACAGGAUCUUGUCAAAAUCGGAGGUUUCUUCACAAAAAAAGUCUUCUGAAGACAAGGUGAUCAAGCUUAACAACGACUGUGGUUAUAUGAUGAAGAGAACUCGAACUGACCCUGCUGUUGUUCGAUAUCCGAGAUUUUCUCCCAAAAAAGAUCCAGAAAAGUACUUUCAUUCAUUGUUGCAACUUUUCUUGCCACAUUAUGAAGAUUGUCAGCUCAAGCCUGAGAGUUUUAGCACUUAUGAGGAAUUCUACAACAGUGGUGCUGUGAAAUGUGGGAGAAAUGUGACUCCAGUCAAAUGUAUUGUUGAUGCUAAUCGAGCACUCUUUGAAAAGGAAAGUGACAAAAUUGAUCGAGCUCAACAGCUUUUGGAGCAAGGUGUUGAUUUGGAAGAUGCUUGGGCUGCGUUAUGUCCUGAAACUGAAAAGGAACGUCACGAGUGCUUAGAACUAAGGAAGAGUAAUACAAUUCCUGAUGAAGAUGAUUCUGAGUGUUCUAUUCCAGAUCUUGUAGCGAACCCUCGAACUCCAUACGGUAUUGAAACCAAUCAGGCUGGAAUGUCUAGAGAAGAGGCAUUAUGUUUACUGCGAUCAUUAAAUGCACAACAAUGUGCAAUCUUUUACAAAGUGCGGAAAUGGUGUUUAGAGAAACUUCUUGGUGAAAACCCUGAACCAUUUCACUUGUUUGUCACUGGUGGAGCAGGCACAGGCAAGAGUCAUUUAAUCAAAGCGAUCUACUAUGAAUCUUCCAGACUUUUAUCUCAGCUGUCCGAAAACCCUGAUGAUAGAAGUGUGAUUUUAACUGCGUCAACCGGAGUGGCCAGUUUUCAAAUUGGUGCUUCUACAAUCCAUAAUACCUUUUCCAUAGGUGCUAAUGUCAAACUGCCAUAUCAGCCCCUAAGUGAUGACAAAAUCAAUUCACUGCGUGCAAAACUUGGAGGUUUGCAGAUUCUGAUCAUUGAUGAGGUGUCUAUGGUUGACCAUCACCUUUUGUCUUAUGUUCAUGGUAGAUUGAGACAAAUUAAGCAAACUGGUGACUACUCAAUUUUUGGAAGAGUCAGUUUGGUCUGUGUUGGUGAUUUUUAUCAGCUACCGCCAGUCAAGGGAAUUCCCCUGUACGUUGAUCCAAAAGGAGUGAAUCUUUGGGACACCAACUUUGAAAUUGCUGAACUAACACAAGUUGUCAGGCAACAAGAUGCAUCUUUUGCUGAAAUGUUAAAUCGUCUGAGAGUUCAUAAAAAGAACGAAACUCUAAGCCCAAAUGACAUCGACAUGUUGAAGCAACGUGAAACUGGUGAAGAAUGCGAUGCUAUUCAUAUAUUCCCUACAAAUGCUCAGGUUGAUGAGUACAAUAUACAGAAACUUAAUGAGCAUUGUCCUGAGGCAAUCACUAUUCACGCUAGAGACUUUGCUAGAAAUCCAGAAACUGGAAGAAUAGAAAGGAAAGUUGGAUUUCAUGCAAAAGUUUUCAACUCGUGUUUGGACAAAUGUGUUUCCUUGGGUGUUGGUGCCAGAGUAAUGCUUAGGAAAAAUGUUGAUGUUUCUGAUGGACUUGUCAAUGGAGCCUGUGGCACAGUUGUCCACAUAAGCAGAAAACAAAGACGUGAUGAUGAUGAAGAUGAUGACUUCCCAUCAGCUAUCCAUGUUGAAUUUGAUGAUCCAAAUGUUGGUAAAGUUCAGAGAUCGAAGCUGCGACAGAAAUUUUCUCCAAAUUCGACUGUUAUUGAAGUGGAAGAAGAUCAAGUCUCAAACGAUGGUGGUUUAAGACGUCAGUUUCCACUUAAAUUGGCAUGGGCAUGCACCGUUCAUAAAGUGCAAGGACUCACAGUAGAUCAAGCGGUCGUCUCACUUGACAAGGUAUUUUCUCCGGGACAAGCAUAUGUUGCACUGAGUCGUGUGAGAACCCUCGAUGGACUAAUAAUUAAUAACUUCAAAGACUCUGUCAUAUAUUGUAAUGAGAAAAUUGACUCCGCUAUGAAAAACAUGCCCCGACUUGCUUUAGAAAAUUACAGUUUUGUAAAGACACCUGGCGUGUUUACAAUUGCUCUUCAUAAUGUACAAAGUCUUCGAGCUCAUGUUCAAGAUCUUCAAGUUCACAGACAGAUAAUGAAUGCAGAUUGCAUCUGUUUAACUGAAACGUGGCUAAAAGUUGAAGACCAAGUACAGAUUCCAGGAUUUGUUUUUAAGAGCAAUCCAAGAGCUAAAUGUUAUGACAACAGUACUCCACUUUUCACUGAUUUAAAACUACAAAGAGGAGGUGGAGUUGGACUAUUCUGUUGUGAAAACAUUCAUUUUAAUGUCAGGGUUCCAGAACCUUGUAACUUGGAAUGUCUAUACUUUGCAGUUCCACAUCUAAGUUUGAAUGCUGCUUUGCUGUACAGACCUAAUUCAUAUCCACUUAAUCUGUUUCGACAAAAUAUGUUGCAUGUUAUUGAUGAGCUGGAGAAACAGUCAGGAAAGAAAGUGAUUAUGGGAGACUUCAAUGAGGACAUCUUGACAUCAUCUACAAUUGGUACACUAAUGGAACUACAUGGAUACAGUCAACAUGUGCAACACCCUACCACUGAAAAAGGUACACUGAUAGACCAUGUCUAUGUUAAAGAUGCAGAAAAUGUCUCUGUUGAAAUUGUGCAAACGUAUUACAGUUACCACCAAGCAGUCCUUAUUUCACUGAGGUAA